CAGACAGCAUGCAUUUUUCACCCUCUCGCAGCGAUAUUAGAAAUAUCUGUGUAACGACAUAACCAACAGGCACAAAAUAUCACAUACUUAAUGUGAAUUAAUGGGUUUUUUUAUGAACCACGUAUAUUGAAUAUACUUAUUUGAUUUUUUUAUAUGUGUAGUUGUCUUUAUCUACAUACAGGUUGUCUCCCUUCGAACAUCGGAGGUUCUUCAAGUUUUGGGUCUUGGUUACAUCGCCAGUGUCAGUCCAUAUUUUCUUAGGAUAUAUAUUUCGUAGAAGCUACCAUAUCAAAUAGCAACUAUCGCAUUUUAUCCUGUAAAAACACACUUUAAAAAUGUUUUUCAGUUGUUGUUUUUUUAAGUUUUGACGUACAAAUGUACUGUACACAAGUCUUAGAAGACACAAUUGGGCUUAUUCAAGCAUUUGCAUUUUUUCUUGUUACUGGAUAAAUACACAAUAGUCAUAUGCUGUCAUACCUAUAUUUACAUUUGCCUGUGUGUUCUGUUUUUAUGUCGAGACAUGGCAUGUCAUCGUAGAAAGAAAGAGGUGUAAAUUAAUAUUAACUAGAACUGUCGCCCAGAUGGCUGACUAAUACCCCCCGCAAUAUGCAGGGGUCAAUGGUGAAUUGGAACUGUUAAUUAGAGGCUAUCUAAGAUAACCCAGUAAUAUAGUGACCAGUUGCCAAAGUAACCAUAAUUUUGAGAAAAAGAAAGUGGCAUGUACAUCUACACAUGGUCAUCUAUAUUUGUGUGAAGUUUCAUUGAAAUCGGACUUUCGAUUUAGGAGGAGUUGUCCAGACAACCUUGAAGUUAUGGUUCUAAUCGGAAAACCUGUUUAUAGUUUAUUAAUCAUUUAAUGAAAUUAAUUACUAAUGAUUCAAUUCAUUUUGAUAUUAAUAAUAUAAUUAGCAAUAUUACCCCCUUUUUCCGACAAAAGCUUUCCAUUGAGACUCGGACUCAUGCAUGCAUGCUCUAUCAAGAGUAAAUUAAAAAAUAAAGGAAAUUCAAAAUUCAACAUAACAAUAGGAAAGUACUUUUUACAUGAAUUGACAACAUUUCCAGGAAUAAAAAAAAACUUGAACUUACAGCAUUUUAUGAAAGGCAAUCAGUCAGCUGUUUCCAGGAAUCGGCCAAUACCAAAUAAACCAUCAAAAAGACCAUCUCAUACCACUAAACAUGAAGAGAAAAAUGACCUGGACACAACUCCAGAGUUUAAGGCAUUUGUAGCAAAGAAAUUAUCACAGAUGCUGGAUCAAGAGGUGAAAGAAUAUGUAAUGGAAAAUAAAAGUUUGAAAACUGAUGGAUAUGAGGACACAGGUAUACGGUUGUGUGUUGGAUCGAGCCAUCACUUAAAAACUGAUUGUAAUCCAGAAGACAUACCAAUACAGAGGAUGCCAGUCCGUAGGAAAAGAGUCCAGGAUAGCAGCAGUGAUAGUUCAUCAGAAAACGAGAGAUUGGCUGCAGCUGCCGUGUCACAUGACUUUAUAAUUAAACAAAGCAAGGUUUCCAUUGGUUCUCAAGAUGACCAAUCAGCUGUUAUAAAAGCCACAGAAGCAAAGAGUCUACACAAUGGAAAUGAUUUUGUGUCAAGUUUAAAAGCUACAGACUGUAUGGAGGAGGACCCAUCAAAAAUUAUAAAACAAAAGAAAAAGAAGAAAAAGAAAAAACAAAAAAUUAAAGAAAACUGCUAAAGUAA